AUGACUACAGAGUGGGGUGAGAAAUCCUCAGCGGACCUCAUGAGUAGGUAUGUCUCCAAGGAAAUGGGAUAUGGAGUGCCCAAGGAGGGAUGGCGUAUCUGUCUGGCACACGAGUUCAAGGAGAAGAGAAAGCCCUUUCAAGCAAAAGAUGUCUCGCUGUCCAAUGUCUUGGAGCACGUCGGGCUUGGCAUCAGAUAUCUAAAGUGGUGGUACAAGAAGACCCAGGUGGAAAAGAAAGCUCCGUUCAUUGAUAUGUUUCGUGCUCAACCCUUGCGUCAAAUAUAUGGCGCUCCACUUGGCGGUAUUGGAGGAGGUACCAUCACGAGAGGUUGGAGGGGGGAAUUCUGCAGAUGGCAACUGAACCCCGGGAUGUACCACUACAAAACAGUCACCGCAAACCAGUUCACAGUGUGUUUGCGUCGUGGAGGGCAAACGGUCUACCAGCAGGUGCUCUCUGUAGAGCGUCCUCCCACACUGCAAGGCUGGAACUGGGGCUACUGCGGAGAGUAUGCCUAUUAUCACGCCUUGUACCCCCGCGCCUGGACUGUCUACCACCUGCCUGGACAGAAUGUCACCUUAACCUGCAGACAGAUUUCCCCAGUCAUCCCCCAUGACUACCAGGACUCGAGCCUCCCCGUGGCGGUGUUCGUGUGGGACGUGGAGAACAAGAAUGACUACGCUUUGGAUGUGUCCAUCAUGUUCACGAUGGUCAACGGGUCGGGACACAAGGACGACAAGAGCGGGGGACACUGGAAUGAACCAUUCCACCUGGAGAAGGAGGGGGAGGCGGUGUCUGGGGUCUUGCUACAUCACUGUCCUGCAGUGAAUCCUUACACUCUGUGCAUCGCAGCCCGAGAACAGCCUGACAGGGAGGUCAGUCAUCAGACGGCGUUCAGUCCAAAGGGAACCUGCAGCGGCCUGUGGAGUGACCUCAUCACUGACGGACGGCUGGACUCCCCGACAGGAUCAAGCCCGCCGACGCCCAAGGGAGAGAAGGUGGCAGCAGCGUUGGCUGUGGGCUGCUCGGUGCUGGCUCAGAGCCAUAACAGCCUGGAGUUCUGCCUGACGUGGGACAUGCCCACAAUCACCUUCGGCUCUAGGGAGAGGGAACACACCAGGAGAUACACUCGUUACUUUGGGACCAAAGGGGAUGCGUCCCCCUCACUUGGUCACUACGCCCUAACACACUACAGACAGUGGGAGAAGAGCAUCGAGGAGUGGCAGAAUCCAGUACUCCAGGACAGCUCUCUGCCCGCCUGGUAUAAGUCGGCCUUGUUUAACGAGCUGUACUUCGUGGUGGAUGGAGGGACGGUGUGGACAGAGCUACCAGAGGACGCUGACGUCAGUGGUGGCAUGCGCAGCGAGGACGGGGGGCUCCCGGCUCAGCCCGCUGUCAUCAAGGACUUCGGCCGUUUUGCCUACCUCGAAGGUCAGGAGUACAGAAUGUACAACACAUACGAUGUGCACUUCUACGCCUCCUUUGCACUCAUCAUGCUGUGGCCCAAACUCGCCUUGAGUGUGCAAUAUGAUAUCGCUGGCAGUGUGGUUCAGCAGGACCCAACAGAGAGGCUCCAUCUGAUGAGUGGGCGGUAUUCUCCUGUCAAGGCCAAAAAUGUGGUGCCUCACGACAUCGGAGACCCAGAUGACGAGCCGUGGCAGAGGGUAAAUGCCUACCUCAUCCAUGACACUGCAGACUGGAAGGACCUGAACCUGAAGUUUGUCCUGCAGGUCUACAGGGACUUCCAUCUCACCCAGGACAGUCAGUACCUACGGGACAUGUGGCCCGUCUGUCAGGCGGUGAUGGAGUCAGAGAUGAAGUUCGACCUGGAUGGAGAUGGCCUGAUAGAGAAUUCUGGAUAUGCUGACCAGACCUAUGACGGUUGGACGGUGACUGGACCAAGUGCGUACUGCGGUGGGCUGUGGUUAGCGUCCCUGUGUGUGAUGUGUAAAAUGGCCAGACUGGUAGACAAAGAGGAGACCUACCAACAUUACAGGAACAUCUUGGACAGGGGCAGUGGCGCUUUUGACAAACUGCUUUGGAACGGCAAGUACUACAACUAUGACAGCAGUGGGAGAGACCUUUCUAAUAGUGUCAUGUCUGACCAGUGUGCUGGCCAUUGGUUCCUGAGAGCGUCAGGGCUGGGAGAAGGAGACUACCAGGCUUUUCCAAAAGAGAAAAUUCAGAGCGCACUUAAAUCUGUCUUUGACUUAAAUGUAAUGAGCUUCGCCGGAGGCCAGAUGGGGGCGGUUAACGGCAUGCGUCCUGAGGGAGUGCCUGACCGCUCCAGUGUCCAGUCAGAUGAAGUCUGGAUUGGAGUAGUGUAUGGACUAGCAGCGACUAUGAUACACGAGGGGAUGCAGGAGGAGGGUAUGCGCACGGCGGAGGGUUGCUACCGAACCGUGUGGGAGAGGCUGGGCAUGGCCUUCCAGACUCCUGAAGCCUACUGUGAGAAGGGAAUCUACCGCUCUCUGGCGUACAUGAGGCCUUUGAGCAUCUGGGCCAUGCAGCUGGCCCUGAACACGUCACAGGAGGAUCAGACCACGUCAACCCAAACUGGAGACGGGGAGCAGGUAAAUGAUUUGACAGAAAGUCAGAGCUAGGACCUGAGCCAUUAGACUGGUGUGAUUAGAGUACAGAGGUACAGCGAGUUCCUCUGAAGAUGACCUCCAAACCCUCCUGCAGCCACCACUCACACCCUGCAGGGCUUCGUUUGAUCGGUUACAGACUUUGAAUCUAAUUCUGUUUGUUUUUCUUCAAAUGUUUGCGGCUCAAGGUCAGAUUUGUGAAGGUUUAUGCUUGACAAAAUAAGUAGCUACUGUAGAUCAUGAUAUUGUUAGGCAAAGAGCUUAACAUUUGUUUCCUGAUUUUUGUUUCCUCAUGCAGUGUAGGGCGGUAGUCAUACAAUGUUGAAAUCAUAGACAGUGUGUAUUGCUAAUUAAAUAUUGAUCUAGUGUUUCAGUAACAUAUUAUCUACUUGCAUGCAUUUACACAUGCAAUCACUACAUUUCACAAUUAGUCAACUAUUAUGUAGCAAUUUUAUAUGCUAAAUAUGACUGUUUUGUGUUUAUUAUACCAGCCACGUGUAGUCAAUCAAGUACAUCCUGUGAGCGAAUCAAGCCAGGUUUUAAAUAUUUCUCCAUCAGAACUAGAGUCAAUUGGAAGAUUUCCUCCAUUAAAAUUUGAAUGCUGUACUUGGUGAUGAAAUAUGGAAUAAGCAGUAGUGGAAAUAUAUUUUUAAAAUAAUAUUUGGUGCCUUGUUGCAUGUUGGCCAUAUCGACAGUAUAUUAAUAUAGUGGCAACAUUUACUAUGUUUUAUAAAAUCCAAUACCCAUGACAAUCAUGCUGAAUAAAUGACUGAAACACAA